UUAUCUGUUUUAGUGAUCAAAAUAUGCGAUUAGAAAACGCCUUUAAAUGGAGAAUAAAACCGUUAUUUUUGGUGGUCUCGAGGGAGGCGCCUCCAACUCAACGUUGGUCUUAGUGUCAGCCGACGGACACGUUUUGGCAGAAGUGGCGUCAGAACUGUCGACCAAUCAUUGGAUGAUAGGAAUCGAUGAAUGUUUCCGACGAAUCGCUCAAAUGGUGACAAAUGCGCUCAAAAUGGCAUCACUUCCAGAAGAGACACAACUCUCGGCGAUCGGUCUCUGCCUAUCGGGUUGUGAAGACGAAACCGUCAACAAAGAGAUGUCCGACAAAUUCAUACAACAGUAUCCGUCUCUCGCGGACCAGUGUUUUGUCGCUUCAGACACUUUAGGCUCUCUUCUGACGGCAGCGCCGGACGGAGGAGUCGUUUUGAUCGCCGGGACUGGAAGUAAUUGUCUUCUCUUCAAUGGGGAUCAGUCGUCGGUGAAGUGCGGCGGUUGGGGUCACGUGUUGGGAGAUUACGGCUCUGCCUAUUGGAUCGCAAACGAAGCGAUUCGAGCCGUCAUCGAAAGCGAAGAGAACUUCCGGACCAUUCCGUUCAACGUGUCGGCCGUCAGGAGAGCGGUCUUCGAGCACUUCCAAGUGGUGGCGAUUUCGCAACUCCUGUCGCCCGCGUACUCACACUUCGACAAACGACACUUCGCCGCCGUUUGCAAGAGUAUCGCCGAAUUGGCCGUCAAAGACAACGACCCGCUCGCCAAAGACCUCUUCAGUCGCGCCGGACGUGUGCUCGCAGAACACAUCAACGGAGUCCUCCCCAAAGCUGAUCCCUGCCUUCUGAGCCGUUCGGGUGGUCUUCCCGUUGUAUGCGUUGGCUCUGUAUUCAAGUCUUGGAGUCUUCUCUCGAAAGCAUUUUUUGAGACCAUUUCCGAUAAAAUACCAGAAAUAUCUUUCAAACGUCUGGUGAAAAGCAGUGCCUUUGGGGCCGCUCUGAAUGCCGCCAAACAUAGCGGCCAUACAAUCGACUUUGACUUCGAGUCCAAUUCACAACUUUUAGAGCACUUCUCUCGCAGACAAUGA